AUGAGUGGAGGGGGAGGGCCCUGCAGUGCACUCUGGGAAGGUCUCAGAGUUCUCUUUGUUUGCGGCUCUAGAUCUGUGUUUGGUUUCUCCAGGGUUCUCCGAGGCUCUCCGAUUUCCGGCCUCCAGCCGAGGUGCCCCUACUGCCUCCCUGGGUUUUCAGUUGGCGCAGGGGUCCUGCGGACGCCGCCAGCAUGUCUGGGGUGCGAGCUGUGCGGAUCAGCAUCGAGUCGGCCUGCGAGAAGCAGGUCCAGGAGGUGGGCCUGGAUGGCACUGAGACGUACCUGCAGCCACUGUCCAUGUCGCAGAACCUGGCGCGUCUGGCACAGCGAAUUGACUUCAGCCAAGGUUCGGGCUCCGAGGAGGAGGAGGCGGCGGGGGCCGACGGCGAUGCGCAGGACUGGGCGGGCGCCGGGUCUAGCGCGGACCAGGACGACGAGGAAGGGUUGGUGAAAUUUCAGCCUUCCCUUUGGCCUUGGGAUUCAGUGAGGAACAAUUUGAGAAGUGCCCUGACAGAGAUGUGUGUUCUCUAUGAUGUUCUCAGUAUUGUUAGGGAGAAAAAAUUUAUGACUCUUGAUCCUGUUUCUCAGGAUGCACUUCCUCCAAAACAGAAUCCUCAGACGUUGCAGUUGAUAUCUAAAAAGAAGUCACUUGCUGGAGCAGCACAAAUCCUACUGAAGGGGGCAGAAAGACUGACUAAAUCAGUCACUGAAAACCAAGAAAAUAAGCUUCAAAGAGACUUCAACUCUGAGCUUUUGAGGUUGAGGCAACACUGGAAACUUAGAAAAGUUGGAGACAAAAUUCUUGGCGAUCUGAGCUACAGAAGUGCAGGAUCUCUGUUUCCCCAUCAUGGUACCUUUGAAGUAAUAAAGAAUACAGAUAUUGAUCUGGAUAAGAAGAUACCCGAAGAUUAUUGUCCCCUUGAUGUCCAGAUUCCUAGUGAUUUAGAGGGGUCUGCAUAUAUCAAGGUUUCGAUUCAAAAACAGGCUCCAGACAUAGGUGAUCUCGGCACAGUUAACCUCUUCAAACGACCUUUGCCUAAAUCCAAACCAGGUUCCCCACAUUGGCAGACAAAACUGGAAGCAGCACAAAAUGUUCUCUUAUGUAAAGAAAUUUUUGCACAGCUCUCUCGGGAAGCUGUUCAAAUUAAAUCACAGAUCCCUCACAUUGUGGUGAAAAAUCAGAUUAUCUCUCAGCCCUUUCCAAGCUUGCAGUUAUCUAUUUCUUUGUGCCAUUCCUCAAAUGAUAAGAAAUCCCAAAAAUCUUCUACUGAGAAGCAAAGUCCAGAGGACCAUCUUUAUGUCCUAGAGCAUAACUUGCAUCUCCUGAUUAGAGAGUUUCAUAAACAGACCUUGAGCUCCAUCAUGAUGCCUCAUCCAGCAAGUGCACCUUUUGGCCACAAGAGAAUGAGACUUUCGGGUCCUCAAGCUUUUGAUAAAAAUGAAAUUAAUUCAAUACAGUCAAGUGAAGGGCUUCUGGAAAAAAUAAUUAAACAAGCAAAGCACAUAUUUCUGAGGAGUAGGACUGCAGCAACUAUUGACAGCUUAGCAAGUCGCAUUGAGGAUCCUCAGAUACAGGCUCACUGGUCAAAUAUUAAUGAUGUGUAUGAAUCUAGUGUGAAAGUCUUAAUCACAUCACAAGGCUAUGAACAAAUAUGCAAGUCCAUUCAGCUGCAGUUGAAUAUUGGAGUUGAGCAGAUCCGAGUUGUCCACAGAGAUGGAAGGGUCAUUACACUGUCUCACCAGGAGCAGGAGCUGCAGGAUUUCCUUCUGUCUCAGAUGUCACAGCAUCAGGUGCACGCAGUUCAGCAGCUAGCCAAGGUCAUGGGCUGGCAGGUCCUGAGCUUCAGUAAUCACGUGGGACUUGGGCCCAUAGAAAGCAUUGGCAAUGCCUCUGCCAUCACAGUGGCCUCUCCGAGCGGUGACUAUGCUAUUUCAGUUCGUAAUGGCCCGGAAAGUGGCAGCAAGGUUAUGGUUCAGUUUCCCCGUAACCAGUGUAAAGACCUUCCAAAAAGUGACGUUUUACAAGAUAGCAAAUGGAAUCAUCUUCGUGGGCCAUUCAGAGAAGUUCAGUGGAAUAAAAUGGAAGGCCGAAACUUUGUUUAUAAAAUGGAACUGCUUAUGUCUGCACUUAGCCCUUGUCUGCUGUGAUUCUUUUUUCCAGACCAUUUUCCAGAUUUUUUUUUUUUCCAUGAGAAGUUUCCAGAAACUUUUGACUUGAGAAACUUCUGCCCUUCAUCCCUAAGCGCAAGGAAGAGGAAUCUUCCAAAGGAGUAUUGUUUUUUAAGUGUAAUAAUUAGCACAUGUUUACCUAGCAUUUUGAAACCUUUCACUUUAUAAGUGAGAAGUGCUCUGAAAUGCAAAAAUUUAUGUACAGGUAUGGGGUAUAUAAUUAGGGAGCGAUGUAAAGUACUGUUUUUUAUGCAGUUAACUUGAAAUGUUACUAACUUAUGGAUUUGAGUUUGCUUUUGAAAAUAUUCCUUUGAUGUUGACAUUAAAUAAAGCAUAUGGUUAAAAAUCUGAGAUCCUCUAGAA